AUGAUUGUCGCUUUCGGCGUCAUCAUCAUCCUGUACGCCAUCCAGCAGACGUAUUCCAUCUUCACGACGCCCGAGGACCGCUCGUUCCCCAUCCACCUGCUGCGAUCGCGCUCCCAGGUCCUGCUCUUCAUCGCCACCGCCUCCAACAUCUCCGCGCUCUUCGUCGUCGUCUACUUCAUCCCCAUCUACUUCCAGUUCGUCCACGGCGACUCGGCCAUCUCCGCCGCCGUCCGUCUGCUGCCCUUUGUCGUCCUGACGGUCAGCUUCAACAUGGCUGCCGGCCACCUCCUCUCCAGAAUCCGAUACUACAUGCCCAUCUUCCUCGUCGCCGGCUUCUUCAUCACCCUCGGCAGCGCCCUCCUCACAGCCUACCUCGACCCCACGACCCCGACCAGCUACAUCUACGGCUUCACAGUCCUCACAGCCGUGGGAGCUGGCCUGACCCUCCAGAUCGGAUAUGCCGUGGCCUCCCUCAAAGUCGAGCCCGCACAACAGGGUGGCGCUCUCGCCAUGCAAAACGUCUCUCAGAUCGGCGGCACCGUCCUUUGCCUCGUCAUUGCCGGCCAAAUCUUCCAGUCCGAGGCCACCAAGAACCUGACCGCGGUCCUGGCAAACACAAACUUCACCGCCUCCGACAUCCAAAACGCCAUUGCCGGAGCCCAGAGCACUAUCUUUGAGGAGAUUACAGGACAGCUCCGGGAUCAGGCCAUUCUGGCUAUCACAAAGGCCAUGCAAAAGGCGUUCAUCUUGGUCUGUGUGGGAGGCGGCGUCCACAUGCUCAGUGCCCUUGGCAUGAAGCGAGAGAAGCUGUUUGGUGAGAUUGUUACCGGCGGCGCUUAA